AUGCCGCCUCUCCGCCCUCUGCUCCAACAGACCCGGCACUUCUCCACCUCUCCCCGCCCCCAAGCUUCCCUCCUCUUUGCCCUCGGAGCCUUAUCAAACAGCCGAGAAACACAACACUUUAACAAGAUCUCCCGCCUCGACCGAACGGAACACUCGCCAUCCCUCAAGCUCAUCAAAACAAGCGAAGUGGAUCCGUUCAAGAAGUCGAGACAACCUCGCAAUGCCUCGAGCCUGGCUGGGUUCAGUCCGGAGAUGGAGAGGACGGUGGAGUUGGAAGAGAGAGUAGAAGAGCUGCAGGGGUAUAUGAAGGCCACACAGAAGAGCAUUACCGAGUUGAAGAACGCUUUGGGAUGGAUGCUGCUGGGCUUUGGCGUUGCGUCAGGAUUAGCUGUAGGCAUGUUUUGGUCGAACGGGGGUGCUGAGCCUGUGAGGGAUUCUGGGGAGCUGGGCAGGAAGAUUGCGGCGAGGGCGAAGGCUGCUAUCCCUUUGCCCUCUAUCAGCGAGAGCACGAGGCCGAAUGUUCGAGAUGUGGUCACGGCUGAGCAGGCCCCUGUACGAUUGGAUCCUGUGAUGCCUGCCGCAACGACAGCAACGGCAUCGAAAGAAGAGACGUUCGUUCCAGCAACACCGAUUUCAAAGCUGGGCAUUCCAACAGAAGAAUCCAAGACUUCACCAUGUACACAAUAUCAGCCGCAACAGCGCCCGCCAACAAGUCUGUGGAGGAAUCUCUUCUGGAGAGAGCAAUGA